AAAGAGCUGCACACGCGGAACACAUACUUCCAACCGUUAAAAUAUUCCCCAACCCGCCACCCCGCCACCGCCAAAUAUCUACCGUUGAAGUGUUUUUUUUUUUUUUAAUUUCUGCUUCAGCCGAUGUAAAUGUUAUCCCUGCGAAAUUUCACGGGCACCAAUGCUUUAUCACAUUCACCGGAACCUCGCCGUCUCUUCUCAUCAAACCGUUCAGUGUCAAAAUGCGCUCCGUUUCAAAGAUUUCCCCGUUGCUCUCUCAGACUCCAGGAGUUAUCCAUGGAGGAGCCUCUCGAAUCAACGCCUCCUACUCUGGAGGUUUUAAAAUUGCUUCAGCAGAGUGAUAAUAAAACCGAUCAAGCUCCACUUGGUAAUCGGCAAGAAGAAGACGAGGAGGAGGAGGAUGAACGGGGAAUUUCGAAAAUACGAGUUUCGAGGGAAAAGUACAUACCGGUUUCUAAGACGGAGCUUUUAGAUGCUAUUAUAUCGAAGUUUUUCGAUUCUCAAGAUGACGCCGAUCACUUUCUCAAACUUUCUUCGCGGUUGGAUUCUAUUAUUCACGCUGAGCACAAAGUUAUUUUGGAAGAUAUGCGGACAGAUUAUUUCCUCACUCAUUCUGAGGAAACAAGUGACCAGGGGUUUGUUAAUUCUGAUGCAAAAUCUGAUGCUAACAGAGACAAAUCUGAUGUAAAUGAUAGCAUUCGUAUCAAUGGAAUUAAGAGUGUGGAGGAUGAUGCAAAAGAGACUGAAUUAGAUUUGCAAUUUAAUUUCAAUUAUGGAUUGGAUUGGAGAAAUUUCUUAGGUACUUCAGCUAAAGUUAAUAAGAAGUGUUCGAAUGGCGAAUCCAGACUUGCUGUUGCCACUCGUUUCCAGCGUGCUUUUAUGCAGCUUCUUGAUAAUGCUCAGUUUCAAGAACUAUCGGCUCAGGAUUUAAUGUUGACGUCUGCUCUGAAUUCGGAUUACCUUCUUACGUUGCCUGUAUAUGUUGAUUGGAAGAAAGCUUCUGCAUCCAAUGCAAUUAUAUUCAGGAGGGGUUAUGCAAAUGAGAGACAAAAAGGUCUAUUGAUUGUAGAAAAACUGGAUUACCUUCAGUCGGUGCUUCUGCAGAGAAUUUUCUUCCUCGUGUCAAAUCCACUGGGGAAAAUAGGAAAAUGGAUAAAAGAGGCAAUUGUAGAUUUUUCUGAGACACAAGAAGUACAAGAUUCGGUCAAGAGAAUGACACUCUGGCUGGAGGAACUAUCUCUUUUUCAGAAAUCAUAUUCCAAUAAUGAAAAAGAGUCCGAUAAUCAUCCGGAAGAGGACCAGCUAUCAGAUAGUGAUGUUCCCAUUUGGCUCGCAGCACAGAAGGCGGUUAGUCGUUAUGAAGGAUUUCUUUCACCAGUUGGUCCUCGUCGAAGGUUGCUCAGGAAGUUGCUUGCUUGGAUUGGGUUUGCACCUCCUAUACCAGAAACAGCAUUUGAACUUGAAAAUGAUAAUUAUGCUUCUGAACCAUAUUUAAGGCCAACGUUCUUAUCAAGGAUAUCACUUGGUGAUAUAUGGAGACCUGCAAUGAGAAAAUACUGCGGAAAUGAUAUUUGGAAAAUGAUAAAAACUUCUUUUUCUAUUCUUCUUUCAGAGGCAGUGCUCCAGGAACCUGCCUUUGAAGAGUUGAUUUUGCUUUAUACCAAGGAAGUUACUGAAAACGACACCAGCAAUAAAGCUGAGGUUCCAUCUUUGCAAUUAAAGAUCUAUGAGAGAAUUCCUAUUCCAGAUCUACCAGUCAUUUUCCCUCAUAAAAAGCUCUCUUUCCGCAUCAUAGACACAGUACGCUUGGAUGUGGCCACUACAUUGGGACUUUCGGCAUACUUCAUCAAUUACAAAUUCGAAGAUAUCUUGUCUUCACCGACGGCAAUAUUUCUUGAUGUGAUCCCUGUCAUUGCUCUGAUAAUCUAUGUGACGCGUAUUGCUUUGGGUUACAAGCAGACAUGGGAUAGAUAUCAACUACUUGUUAACAGGACACUUUAUGAGAAAACACUUGCUAGUGGCUUUGGCUCAGUUCAUUUUCUGCUGGAUGCUUCCGAACAGCAGCAAUUCAAGGAAGCUAUUUUAACCUACGCAAUCCUGCUUAAAGCAAAGAAUGGCCAGGUCACUUCUCGACAAAGUCUCUGUGAUGAAUGUGAAAGAUUUAUUUAUGAUGCCUUUAAAGCAAAGGUCGAAAUGCCGGUGCAGAAGGCAGUGGACACAUUAUUUAGAUUGGGGCUUGUUAUAGAAACACCAGUUGAUGGCAGUUUCAGACUGCAGGCUAUUCCCUCUGAGAAGGCAGACGAGGCACUUAAGGAACGUUGGAAUAGUUUGCUUGGUUAAAGAACAGGAUUAGGGUUAAUUGCUUGUGUGGUACCAAAUUUUUGCCCUUAGUUUCAAUUUUAUUGCCGUAAAUUUAGUUAUACUUUAGAUAAUAUAAUUGAAGCAAAUGUAUACUUGGCAUUCGAAGAUAAAGUUACAAGUCCAAUUAGCAUCCA